AAAUGUCCGAUAUGUCUUUUAAUGCUCCUGCAGGUUCCUACAUCCCUGAAGGUCUGAUGACAACCUACACGUGGGACUACGUCUCGCCGUCUCCCACCUACAAGAGUUACACCAUGAUGCUGUGCUGUUUCGUCUUCUUCAUCCCUCUGGCCAUCAUCCUCUACUGUUACCUGGUUAUGUUCCUCUCCGUACGAAAGGCCAGCAGAGAUCUAGAGCAGCUGAGCUCUCAGAAGUCCAGCUUUGUGAAGCAGCAGUCCAUGAGGAGUGAAUGGAAACUGGCUAAAAUAGCGGCUGUGGUCAUAGUGGUGUAUGUGCUGUCCUGGGCUCCCUACGCGUGCGUCACCCUCAUCGCCUGGGCAGGGCAUGCAAGCAUCCUCACACCCUACUCUAAAACACUGCCGGCGGUCAUCGCCAAAUCAUUUGCCAUCUACAACCCUUUCAUAUAUGCCAUAGUUCACACCAAAUACAGAGCCACAUUGGCUGAGAAGGUCCCAGGUUUGUCCUGCCUGUCUCGCGUUCAGAAGCACUGUCUCACCUCCUCCACCAAUAGCGAUGCCUCAGUCCAGGACACCAGCGUCAGCAGACAGUCAUCGGUCUCCAAGAACAAACUCCACAAAACCACCGCCAACAACUCCAGUACUAUGGUACAGUAG